AUGUGGCGGGAAACUGGAAGGUUUAGUUCCAGCAGUCUCUCCUUGGCGGCGCUAGUGUCGUUCUUCGUUAUUGUUUUAUUCCUGCCACAGAGUUCCGGUCUCCAGUGCGUGACGUGUACGAGUCUGAAGGAUUCCGGGUGCUUUGAAGGGAGAGGCAAGAACCAGACGUGCAAAGAGGGAGAGAACUACUGCGUCUCUUACAUAGGUUAUCUGAAGAGAGGGCAGGCUCAGGUGCUCUUCCGAACCUGCUCCGAAACCAACAUGUCCCAUUUCUGCGACGUCCACUUUGAGAAGCUGAGCAACGACCGCGUGGAACGACUCACAGCCUGCUACAGGACGUGCGACACGGAUUUCUGCAAUACCCACAGGAUGGAAUACCUCAGCAAUGCCCCUUCUGCCACAGCCUACGGACUACCUCCUCUCGCAACCGUAUCUGUGGCGGCCAUCUUGACUCUGCUCACCAAAGGCAUUAUUGGAACCUGAUUUUCGGUGCUGGAAAAAAAAAGAGAGGAACAAAGUCUUUUAAAAUUGUUUAGUGAGACGCUCUAAGUCUAAUUCGGAGACAAUAUAUAGAUAUACAAAGGCAGAUCUGUUUCUGCCUGGAUAAUCUAUUAAAAAAAAGACAAUGUUUCAUGUAUUAGCGAUAUAUGAAUGUAAGAAAUAUCAUUCCAUGUCUUAUCUAUAUAGAUGGUGUUUGCUUCCAUAUUUUAAGAUAUUUUAAAGGGAAAAUCUUUUUAUAUCGAAUAUAUAUUGCCAAGAGAGAGUUUAUAUGUUUCGAUUCUAACAAUACAGUGAUAUCAUGUUACUGCCACAAGACAUACGAGCCAUUCCAUCUCCCCCUUUCAUUUUCUAUUCAUAUGCCUUCUAUUGUACAGUAUAAUCGUUGCUCUGUUUCAGCGAAUUUAUUCAAUAAUUAAUGGAAAUUCAUCUGCAGGUGUUACAGCUUUUAGAGAGUUAUUGUUGCUAAUGCUUAAUGAGAGAUUUGAUAAUAGCGGCCAUUAUUUUUUUUUCAUUUUUGUAUGAACUGUGAGAUCUCAAGAAAGCCGCGAGAUAGAACGAGGUUCGGUGAGAUUCAACGAGACUUGUUGAGAUCUCACGGGACUUCACGCACUUUGCGAGAUUUCACGGUUCAGUUUCAUCAGUGUGACGAUGCCGCGAAAGAAGUAAAAGCUUACUAUCUUAUAAUGACACAAAUAAAUAUAAGUUUAGAUUAGAUAUUGACAUCCAGAAUGACGGGUGUGAUAAUAUUAUAAUCUUGACGUAUGACAAUAAUAAUUAUGGUGAUGACAUGAUGAUACUCAUAACAAUAACAACAAAAACAGAACUAAUAGGAAUUAUG